UCACAAGGAGAAGUCAGUCUUCUUUUACGCUCAAGUUCGUCUGAGUGGGCUUUGACCACGAGGAAGCAAAGUUUUGAGCUUCGAAUUCACUUCGAUGUUCCUCCCCAAGAGUUGAUCGCAAAAAGCCUCGAGUUUGCCUUCAAACUCAAAAUCGAAACAUCUGGCACGUGGCAUUCAUGCAUUCGAUUGGUCAGACAUACCACGUGUCCUACCAUUACAACCAAUCACACACUACAGUUAGUGUAUGACGUAGGUCCCAUCAGCCUCUGCGUGUUUCGUAAUUCAAUUGCCUACUUGUCUUAGUUACUCAUUUCUAGUUCACGUUGCGUAACAUUGUCCUUUCUCUUACGUAAUCAAAGUACGUAAGUUUCGCUCUAAGACUUGUCUGUUACGACGAUAACACCUCGUGGCUACAUCUCACCCCGCCUUACGUCACCGUCAUGACGUGAACGGCCACGUGACUAUCUGACUCUUCCAGACUCACAUUCUGUCUGCAUCGUGCCCAAACCCAGAUGCAGUGCCGUAUGUUGCGUAACAUUUUCCUUUCUCUAACGUAAUCAAAGUAUGUAUGUUUCGCUCUAAGACUUGUCUGUUACGACGAUAACACCUCGUGGCUACAUCUCACCCCCGCCUUACGUCACCGUCAUGACGUGAACGGCCACGUGACUAUCUGACUUCCAGGCUCCCAUUCUGUCUGCGUCGUGCUAGUUUGAGUACACUUUUUUUCAUUUCAUUCACAAUGAGUUUCUCUGUGAUACUGCGGGAUUUAGAUGAAGAAAAGGAGAGGGCAAUUCGUCAGCUGUUUGAAAGAAAUGGCUGGUCCUAUAAUGCUGAACGACUCCCACACCAAACUUCGAGAAAACGAGGAAGAUACCCAGUGAAUAAGGAUACGCGGGAUGGCGAUGUACUGGCCAUUGAGGGUGGAGAAACUUUGCCCCCCGGACCAGGUGCGGCACCUGAAUCAGAGAGCUUAGAUAUACAUCUAAGCUCUCUGGCUGAAUGUCCACACUGCUUCCAAGCACCUUGCAUAACAUCAGGAGCUCGCGACGUAGAGUUCAUCGGGAAGGGACAGGCGGCUUGUCCUCAAAAUCGAGGUAUUCGGAAUAGGAUCUACACAAGGUAUUGGAAAAUGCUAGACUUUGUUGGACUCUGGAAGGACAAGAGAUACCUAGUUAGAAAAACCGCUUUGGCAGAAGGUGAAUGGGUGCUGUGCCACAGGCGUGAAGUGAUGCCCACUUGCGUCGUUCAAAAAGUUAGAACACUGUACCCAAACCCAGAUGGAGUGCCGUAUGUCGGUCAUCAAUGGGAAUAAAAAAAAACUAAACGAGAGGAAUAAAAACUAAGUUUAAAAAUUCCAUUGCCUUUUUGUUUGUGUUAUUUGGGUUGUUUGCCUUUGUCUCCUUUCCUGUCCUCUCUCUCACAAGGGAGAACACACAAACAAAACCAGGGGUGCUAAACUGGUCCUAACCAUUUUGAUUAUACAAGUCUUAUCCAAGUCCAGUUCUCGGUUUUGUGGACUCAGGAAGACGCAAGCACCGAUGACCUCCACAAUGGUCGGGUUAGAUAAGAAGAGAAAAGAUC